UGUACGUCGAAGACAAUACUCAGAUCAGAUAACAGGAAUCAACAGUCACAAUGUCAGCACCAGGGACACGGAGGCCCGCACAAGAGAGGUACAUGAGAAGGGUCCUGAAGGUCUGUCCUCAGAAUCUGAGCAUGAGACGUCUACAGCUCGCAACGCACAGUAUCACUGGAGGUAAGAAACACAGUGGUCAAUCAAGUCAUAUUAGAAGCUUUUGUGACUUUCAAGUUUUGGCUGUAUUUUGCGUCAUGUUUGCUGACUACAAUUUGGGAAGAGAUGGAGAGAAACUAGACAUUGUUUCUCUGGCAGUCAGCGGUGGGAACAGCAAAAGAAGGGGGAAUCUUUUUCUUUGAGUGAGGAGGAUAAGGUGAACUUGAA